CAAAACGUUGAACACCAUGUGUUUGAUUUGAGCUGAUAAGGCUGUGCACGCGGAAUUCUCUUGCACGCUGCGCAGCUCAACAUGUUCAACGAGUCUCGAGCAAUGUUGAUUUUGUACUUUGUCGAAACUGAGGCUACCCGAAAUCAAUCCAAAGGCUCCCAUGACAUCACAGCUUGAAUGACAUACGCAGGGCAGCACAACAAUAUCACGGUAUUCACUUCUCUUGAUUGUACCAUCAUCAUGUCUUUCAGAUUUUCAUGCCUCUAAAUCAUCACACCCUUUCUACACACUCAUACUCUAGUUUAAAUGACACUCAGGCAAUGACUUCCACAUCACUGGCAGAACAUGGACCAUUGUUCCGACGACCACUCAGUAAAUCAGCAUUGCAUAAUAACGGCGCAUAUAGUCACUCUUUCGACUCAGUGUUUCAACUACAAGCUCCACGAGCAGCAACUUGGAAAGUGUUGAUAUCCAACCCGAAACGGCCUAGAGUGGACGACAGCCUCUCUCUCUCGGCUUCAAAUCUGGUAAGCAUUGAUCCUAUUCCUAUUGUACAUUUAUUCGUGUGUUCUAUCCAGGUUGCCGACUGUGUGUGGACCAUGCCAAACGGAUACUCGCAAGACUUCAAGAUAUAUUGGGACUCGAGAAAACCUGUCAAGCGGUAUCUUUUUCAUUCUUCUUCUAUUGUGUUCUGGUCUACUAAUUGUAAUGGUUACUACUGCAGAGCUACGACAUCGAGGCUUCGAAUCUGGUUGCUGACUGUGUGUGGACCGCGAACACAUUCGACGUUCUCGCGAAGUCCUCCGGUGGCACGCUGUAUUAGCUCGGCGCUGCGUAUCGUCAGCGGGGGUGGAUAGUAGGACGGAGGAGCUGGUGCGAAUGGGCGGGCGGGUAGCCAAUUUUUAUAGUGUUUUUUGUUGAUUUGUUGUCGUAUAAAUGCAUUGUUUUCCGUC